AUGGAGCAUCUCAGUCCCUCCGUAUCCUACUACAACCCAGCGUCCGUCAACCACAACGAUGCCAACAGCAGCAAGGACAGCAUCGCCCCGGGUUCCAAACCCACAAACGGCCACCCGGAACUCAUCCUCGUCCUCAGCUGGAUGGGCGCCCGGGACGUCCACAUAGCAAAGUACAUCGCCCAGCAUCGCGCCCUCUUCCCCUCCUCGCCCAUCCUCCUCGUCCGCUCGCCCGCCUCCCACGUCUUCUGGCCCAGCCUCGCCCGCAAGCACAUCCCGCCCGCCAUCCGCAUCCUCAAGGCCUUUGCCGAGCCCGAGAUCGCGGCCACCAUCCCCGGCAACAACCCCAGGCCCAGGGUCCUGCUGCACAUCCUCUCCAACGGCGGUGUCAGCACCGCCGCGCGCAUCAGGGAGCUCCUCCGAAAGGAGCUCGGCAGGGACGCCGCCGGCAACAGGCUCGUCAUUCCCCGUUACGCCGUCUGCCUCGACUCCUGCCCGGGCAACUUCGUGUGGCAGAGCACCCACAGGGCCCUUCUGCAAUCGCUGCCGCGCUGGACGUCGCCCCUCGUGCACAUGGUCAUCGCAGUCGCCUGGUUGAUAUACAAGCUCCGCCUCACCCGGCCCGCCCAGAACCUCAACGCCGAAGCCCUCAGGCGGCAAAGCCUGCUUCCCAGAGAGACGCGGAGGACUUACCUGUACGGCACGGCAGAUGCCGUCAUCAGCUGGCAACACGUCGAGGAUCAUGCCACGAGGGCGCAAAGCUCGGGCUUCAAGGUACGCAAGGAGAGGUUUGAGGGUGGAGAGCAUGUGUCACUGGUGAGGAAAGACAGCCAGCGGUAUUGGCAAGCAGUCAAGGAGACGUGGGAAGGUGAUGGGGCUGCAUUUGAAGCGGUAAAGACUAGCUAG